AUGGGGUCUGUGUUCCCCCUGUCGCUGCUGCUUUUGUUGGCGGCCGCAUACUGGGGAAGUGGGACAGUACAGGGGCGCCGGGCUAGGCGGUCACAAGGCCGCAGGGACAGCCCUCCCGCACCCUCUGGGACCUCAGCGUCAUUCUGGGUGCGCAUAAGCCCGCAGUCCGUGGCCGUGCGGCCGGGGGUCUCAGUGUGGCUCAACUGCAGCAACAGCUGCCCCCUGCCGCCGAAUUCCAGCCUCCACACCCAGCUGCGGCGGGGCGAGACGUUCAGUGGGCCGGGUUGGGUAUCUUACCAGCUGCUCGACGUGAGGGCCUGGAGCUCCGACGUGCGCUGCUUCGUCACCUGCGCAGGAGAAACGCGCGGGGCCACCGCCAGGAUCAUCACCUACAAAGCACCGCACAGCGUCAUACUGGAGCCUCCGGUCUUAGAGGGUGGCAUGUAUACUCUGCGCUGUCACGUGAUGCGCGUGUUCCCCGUGGGCUUCUUGGUGGUGACCCUGAGGCGCGGCGGCCGGGUCAUCUAUUCUGAAAGCCUGGAGCGCUUCACUGGCCUGGAUCCGGCCAACGUGACGCUGACCCACGCGUUUCACGCCGGACUCCGCGACUUCGGGCAGCCUGUGACCUGCCUCGCGCGCCUCAAUCUCGACGGCCUGGUGGUUGGCAGCAGCUCAGCACCCAUUACGCUGACGCUCGGUGAGGCCCCCUUGUAA